AUGUCUACUUUAAUUUUUCUACUCUGUUUAAUACCUAAUGUUAUUUCUCAAAUCAUUCCGAGUCAUCUUAAUUCGGCAAGUAAUCAAUUGCGUCAACAAAAACAUUACACAUCUAUAUCAAUGGACAACUAUGUCGAAUACAAUAUUACACCUGACCAAAUGCUUGAAAGAAUAUCUUCGUCAUUUUCCAGUAAUACAACAAAUGUAUGUGAACAAGAUUUUGAAAUAAUUCUUCAAGGAGUAUUAAAACGUGAUAUGUGGGCGAUGAAAAUAUUCGAUGCAUGGGGUAAACCAUUACCAUCUGGUAUACUUUCAGGACAUGUUCAUUGGAUGGGUAACUAUGAUGAAUGUUUACAACAGAUGUAUUUACCUACGAAUAAAUCAUUUGUAUCACAACCAAUUAAUACACAAUAUUGUACACUUUUACCAAAACCACCUCUUAGUAUUACACUUGGUCUUUGUGUUCCAUCAUCAUGCAAUCAAAAAUCGGUUGCUUCUUUAAUCGAGAUAUUAUUCAAAAACAGUAGUAUCACAGAAAAUGAUCUCAUAUGCUCAAAUGAUCCUCCAUAUGGUCAAAAAGGUUUAGCUCGUGGUGCAAUAAUAACAUGUAUUAUUCUCUCACUAUUGGUUUUAAUCGUUUUAUCAGGGACAAUUGUUGAUAUUAUUCUUAGUUUACAACAUCAAUCAAUUGAUAAUAAUAUAACUUCACAUAUUAAUGGAUAUAAUCAUUUCUCAGAUACUGAAAUAUCUGAAUUUAAAUUGAUUCAAGUACCACAAAAUUCAACAUCUCGUAUAAUAUUUUUAGCUGAAUUUUCAGCGAUAAGAACAUUACGUCGAAUAUUUACAAUGAAAAUAAAAAAUAAUGAUGAUUCAUUUCUAUUUAUUAAUGGUAUUCGAGUAUUAUCUUUAUGUUGGGUAAUUAUUGGUCAUUCAAUUGCAUUUGGUUUAUCUUAUACAAAUAAUAUUGUCGAUGUUAUUGUUUGGACUCGUAAUAUAGCUUUUCAAUUAAUUAUAAAUGCAACUCUUAGUGUUGAUACAUUUUUUGUAUUAAGUGGAUUUUUAACAGCAGUUUUAUUCGUUCGACAAAUUCAAAAAGAGAAAAAACUUUCAUUUCGUCUUCUUAUUCUUUAUUAUAUACAUCGAUAUAUUCGAUUAACACCAGCAUUACUACUAAUGAUAUUAGUUAGCAUUAAUUUAACACCGUAUUUUGGUCAAGGACCAGUCUAUCCAACUCAAAAAGGAUUUGAAUCAGAUGAUUGUCGUUAUGUACAUUGGUGGACAUCUAUUCUUUAUAUUGGUAAUUUUAUUAAUUCACAUGAAAUGUGUUUGGGUAUAACAUGGUAUCUUCAUAAUGAUAUGCAAUUUCAUUGGAUUGCACCAUUAGCUCUAAUUCCAUUUGUACUUGGACGAAAAUCAAUAUCUUUUAUAAUUGCAACUCUUUUUGUUCUUAUUGGAAUUGGAUCCAUUUUAGGUAUUCUUCUUUAUUAUCCAAACAUGUCAGUUGAUGUUUUAGAAGCAUUUGUUGAUAAACCUGGUCCUACUUUUUAUAAAAAUAUUUACAUUACACCUUGGUGUCGUAUAUCUGCAUAUGCAGUUGGUCUUAUAACUGGUUUUAUUGUGAUCAAUGUUGGACGAGAAUACCGUCUUAAUAAAACGGCUAAAAUCUUUGGAACUAUAUUAAUUAUUAUUCUUACUAUAAUUUGUUUAUUUGCAACUUAUCCAGAUUAUAUUCUUGCAUCAGGACUUAAUCGAUCAAUAGUCGUUGCAUAUCAAUCACUUUCAAGAACAUUUUGGGCUAUUGUUAUUGGAUGGAUUCUAUUUUUAUGUAGUACGCAUCAAGGAGGAAUAGUGAAUAAGUUUCUUUCAUGGCCUAUAUGGGCUCCUUUAGCUCGACUUAAUUAUUCUUGUUAUUUAGUACAUUCUACUGUUCUUCAUACUAUGAUAUAUAGUCAAAGAAUGCCUUUCUUUUAUCAAGCACAUCUUGUUGUGAAUAAUUUUAUUUCUCAAAUCUUUUUUAGUUAUGUAGCAGCUAUUUUUGUUACAAUUUUUUUCGAAACUCCUUUUUUUCAGUUAGAAAAGAAAUUAUUCAAACGUUAA